AUGAGCGGCACAGGCGGCGCAGGGUCAGGCCCAUUGGGCUCUGCUGGCGGCGCCCGUGGGGGCUCCAAAUCGUCGGCACCGCGGCCUGUGAAAAUUGCGGCGGUGUCUCUGGUUGACUUGAAGGAGCAGGCAAGCAAGACGCCGACCCCCAGCCGUGGCUGGGGUGUCAUUCCUCAGCCAGCAACGUCUGUCGAAAGUUCCGGAAUGUCUUCGUCGCUCUUUCCUCCGGUCAGCGCCUUGAAGCAGCAGUUCCACGGCUCGGCCUCUUCGAGUAGCCAAGCGAACGCAGUGGGUGGCCGUACCUCGUCCAGCUUCGCGCGCGCUGUCCGCGGCUUACGUAACCUGAAGGAGGAGACGGGGGAUGAGAUCAGCCGAGGCGAUGGCGAGAAGGAAGCUCAACCGCAGGAGCGCGACGGCGAGUGCGAGAAGGAAGAAAGAGGACAGAACGAAGGCGACGUGAAAGGCCAGGACAACGCCGGCGCGGAACUCGGAGACAGAACGAAACCAACGGCCGCCGAGACGCAGCAGCCAGGAGGGUCUUUGCCAAACGACACGAACGUGACUUUUGAGAAGGGCGGCGAGGAGCGAGAGAAAGACAGCAGUCAAAAGCAUGAGGGCGAGAAGACUAAGGAGGAGCCUCGCCAGGACGCCUCGGGCACCGUGCCUGCGCGUAGCCGAGAAGACGAGUCUAUCGCCGCCACUGGCGCCAUCUCUCUCUCCAAGUUAAUCACCGCUUCGAGAAAAGUUGGCAUUAGCGUAAGCGUUCGAGGUCGAGCGGUCAACACCGCCGCAGGCACUGUCAAAUCGUCGGGCUCUGCGUGGAAAAGUGGAGUUUCUGCUGCUGCUUCUUCGGGGGCUUCUUCCUCUGCGCCAUUUUCUUCGCGGGCGGCUUCGUCUUCGGGCCCAGCCUCGUCUCUGUACGCUGCGCGCGCUGGGGGCGCUGCUCCUGCGACGGGUUCGGUGGACGAUGAGGCGUUUCCGGAUUUGAUGAAGAGCGCAGAGCAGGUGAAGUUGGAGGCGCAGAAGGAGAAAGACCGUCAGAAGCGGACGAAGGAGGCGCUGCGUCGCGUGGAAAAGGACGAGAACGGGUCGGUCUCGCAGCCGCAGACCCGGCGCCUGGGGCUCCAGGAGUUGUUUGAUCUAACGUCCGAAGGCGGGGCGCUGUCGAGCCUUGGGGACAAGACAGGGCUCGGCGACAAGGAGGGACCCGGGGCAGCGCGGCCGAUCCGGAUCCAGCGACGGUGGGCAGACGAGGAGCCGGACGAAGAAGAAGACUUCCUCCAGGCUGGCGAAGGCGAGAAGGGCGGCUUUUACUCGGGCUUCGACGGGCGACGCGAGCUUUUCGCGCAUUUCAGUCCCCUUCCCCACUUUGUCCUUCCGGGCAUGGAGGGCACAGUCGUCGCAGGGUAUCUCUCUUUCAUGUCUCUCGGCCAGCGGGUCCCGCCGCCGGCGCCGCCCCCGAUGGAGACCUAUCCGUCGUUCCCGACGCCGCCGCAUCCCGGAGCGCCGGGACCUGCAGGCCCCAACUUCCGCACCAACGCGUUCUACAACUUGCCGGGGGCGGGUCCCUUCGGCGAAGGCGCGCAGCCGUCUCUGCUUCAGGAGAAAAACUGGCGCCGGCAGUCCUCAGGUCCUGACGGAGCCGCGGGGUCGCUGCUCCCGACCACUGCCUUCCAGGGCGGCCCACACCCCGGCCGCCUCCACUUCCUGCAGCGUGGCGGAGACGGCGAGGGUCCACGAACGCUGCCGCCCCCCGGCGCGAUCGACCAGGGACCUGACAGACGAACGACCGGGGUCGUUGAGGGCGCGCCUCAGCGAGGACCCUUCGGGGUCACGGACGCGGACCUGGAGAGACAGCGGGAACUGGCGCGGCAGAAGGCGGAAGAGAAGAAGCGCGAGGAGGAAGCCCGCGAACGCGAGCAGAAGGAGCGGGCGAACAAGAAGCUGCAGGAGCUGGACGAGCGCCUCGCGCGAAGCAGGGAGAUCCAGGGCGUCGAACAGGCCACAGGCACCGGCAUGGGAGCCCCGAAGGCGGCUGAGGGUGCUCUGGUCGGGUCACCGACUGGGGGACGCAUGGAGAAAGGCCGCGGGGUCAGUCUGCAGGGUCGUGGUGCUCGAGGCCCGGGCCCCCGGGGCGCGGCGGCUGCCGUCGACGAAAGAGAAGACGAAGACUGGCGCCGCCCGAGUCCGGCUGCUGGCGUGCUACCCCCGGCGGGGGCUGCGUCCGGACGCAAGUCCCCGCGAGGACCGAGUGCAGGGGCCAACGUCUCGACACCGUACGCCCCUUCGCCUGUACCACGGAAUCCGCCUCCGCCGCCUCCCCUUUCUGCUCCCGCCAUUCGGGGACGACACGAGCCGGGCCAGAAGUCGCUUUUGGGGGCGGGGAAGAAUCUCCAAAUUCACCAAGGGUCUGGCGACCCGCAGUCUGGGCCGCUUCUGGGCGCGAACCCGAGCCCGCUCAUCGGUGCGGACCUGCAUGCGGCCCGCCACAUGAAGAAAGGCGAGAUGAAAGGCGAGCCAGGAGUUUCGGAGGGUGACGUUGUCGCGUUUCCGCAGGCGGGUCUCUUGGGCGCCAAGUCGCAUCAGCCGCCCCCGCCACCCCCUGCGACUGCGGGACCCCUAGGGGCACGAGGCCCAGUCGGCAAGGGUCUGGCGGGUACUGUGGGGGACAGAGACGGCCUGCGGCUCGUCCGCGGUCGCCAGGGGGUCCAGGGGUCGCGCCCUGACAGUCUCGCACGAGGCGCGAACGGCGAGGAGCCCCUUCCGCCCCUGCUCGGUCGUGAGCGCGGCGGGACAGACGGCAGUCAGUUCUCAGCGCCGCUGCUUCAGACCACCAAGCACGGCCACCGAGACGAAGAGAUAAGGCCCGCCUUCCACACGGGCCGGAGGCCGACCGGCCAAAACGCGGGCGACCGCCCCGGCCAGGACAGUGAAAACGAAGGCGACUUGGAGCGGAGGCAGCAGGCCCCGACCGCGCGACCGCGCUACAGAUUCGGCGCGCUCGUGAACCAGCACUUGGAGGAGAGGCAGAAGGAGGAGGAGGAAGUCCGCCAAGGUCCCCACGGAAGGGACGCCGGGGCCCAGGGUGCCAGUCAACGCGAGAAGAGCGCCCGAGGUGACAGAGGCGCAGGACAACAGUCUGGCGCCGCGACCGCGGACCACAGCAGAAGCCAGAGCGUUCGGAGACGCGGCGAGUCCGCCGGUUCAGGCGCAGAUUCUGGAACGUGGCGACAGGCACCGCGACAAGUAAACGGUGUUGCUGGUGACCAGGACGCGAGCGCCUCGGCGUGCGAGCCGGCGCUGGGCCCUGAGGGAGACUCCCGAGGAGGAGGCCCAGGGCGAGACAGAGGACAGGGCGACGGACAGAGAGGCCGGGGACCCAGACAUGAUCCGGGACUCGCUGCCCAGCCGCUGCUUCCGGACGGGUCUUCUCCUUCGUCAGCGGGCGCGGUGGGGCUUCAAAAGCCACUUCCCCGCGGCAUGUUGCCUUUCCCCUCGCCCAUGCGCGGGGCCCCGCAGGCGAACGGCGGGACGGGUCCGGUGCCUGAGACUGAUGGGCCUCACGCUGUUGGGGCCUCAGGGGGGCGUGAGCGGCCCGGUCGGGGGUCGAGGCCCGGAACGAGCCCGACGAGAGACAAUUGGCGGGCAGAGAAGGCCCCCGCAGCCCCUGGGGCUGGCGGAUUCUGCGACGACCCCAGCCGCCCCGCGUCGAGUGGCGGGCGCGGCGGACGGGACGAGGACAGAGCUGCAGGUCUCGUUUCUGGGGCGCGGAGCCAAGGUGGGCAGCAAUAUUUCCAUGGCGCCUAUUCGCACGCCUCGGGGGCCGCGUCGCAGCCUGGGGCUUCCCCGCUGCUUCAGGGCGGCACGGAGCGAGGCGGCCCGGGCGGGCCUCAGCGCCCUCCACUGAUCGCCAAUGCACCGCUUCUGGGGUUCGCACCGCCUGCAGGCGGCAUUGAUGCCGGCCGAGAGCUGCGCUCUAAGGCCUUCCCCGCCAGCGCGGGGGCCGCACAGGGCGGCGUAGGGCGGAGUGCGUCAGCGACGCGAGGCCCGGAGACAGGCCCGCAGGGAGACAGCCAGGCGCCGGUUGCGUGUGGGGACAGUGGGCCUCAGGGUGCAGAGACGACCUUUGUGAAAGAUCUCCACAAAAACGCGACACUGUGGCAGCUGUCGAGCGCGUCGUUCCCCUCCGGAGUGCCAAGAAAACUGGGCGCCAACAACGCGAGUGGAGGAGAGGGUGCUGAGGGAGCGGGGCUACUGCGGAAACCCGUGGGCGGAGCUGCGGGCGCUGGCGAGAAGCGGGCGGCUGCUUCGGGGGCCUCCGGCGCGCCUGACGCCCCAGCUGCACAGCCUGUGCCCGCGAGUGGCGGAAGCGGAGACCUUUCCUUCAAGGCUCUGCUCUCCACCCGUCCCGCACCGACUGUGUUGGUGGCGACUCACCACUCCACCAAGAGCGACGAAGGCGCGGCCACUUGCAGCACUGGAGGGGGAGCGGCGGGCCCCGAGGGGCUGCAUGUGGGGCUUGCCCCAGAGCCUGUGGUGCACGGAGCAGCCGGAGACAAGACGCGGGGUCCCGGGGCUGCAGGCGUCCUGGGCGACACACCGCACCAGGCAACCGACGGAGACGGGGCGGUUACGCGAGGCCCCGGAGGCAAGGUUUUCGACGUGGACGAAAGAGGGAAGGACCGUGCGCGAAAAGGCGAGCGAGGGGCCGCCUUUGGAGCCCGUGGAGCAGCUGGAGGAGACAGUGCAGCCGGAGCAGGCGAGCCGGCGGGGCCCGAGGGUGGCAUCGGCAUCUCGGGCGCCCAUCCACAGGUUGGCAACCGAGGCCAGGAGAAAUCGCAUGCAAAGGCUGAUGAGGGCGAGCGAGGAGCUGGGCGAAACGCCGGAGCCUAUCGCAAGGCGGGCGGCAACGCCGAUGGCUCGCAGCGGGUGUGGGGUGUGGUGGAGAAGCCGGGCAAGGCCCCAGUGAGCAGGGGUCGAGACGAAGAAAAGAACCAGGCGCCCUGCGCAGAGACAACUGGGCGCCCUGGGGCCUCAGGCCGCCGACGCAGCCAACAACCGUUCGAGGGCGAGCGUGAGGACAUCUCGGGUGCAGGCACCGGGCGGGGUCCGCACUCCAAGCCACAGCGGGGAGGGCACGGGCGACGAGAAGGAGAAGAGACGGCGCAUGCAGGAGAAGGCGGGUCUCGAGUCCGCGGAGCCGCUGCGUCGACUGGGAACAAAGACAGUGCGAGUGCUCGCCGAGGGGUUGGAGUGGGGCGUGGAGGCGCUGAGGCGGGUCGCGCUCGGGGAGGCGCUUCGGAAGUAGGGCGGGCUCCUUCGCCGGGAGGCGCUGGAGACAACGCUGCGUACCCGAAAGGAAGGGAUCAAGGCCUGCUUGGCACUCGGGGCGGCAAAGGCGGCAGAGGCAGCCUGCGCGGAGGCGCCGCCAGCGGUCGGGGCAGUGCGUACGUCGGGGAGAGAGCGACAGGCGGCAUGAGCGAGUCAAACGCUCAGCCCGACGUACAUGCGCCGGAGGACGGGGCGUCCCGCCACCGAGGACAAGGAGGGCCGAUUAGCAGAGACAGGGCCGCUGGCACCGGCGCGGCGGUCUGGCUUCCCAAGGGAGCGACGAAGAAGGGCGAGACCGUCGCGGCCCCUGGGGCUCCUGAGGCCGGCGCGGGCCCUAGGCGAGGCGGCGAAACCGGCCAGCUCGCCGGGAGCAGAGGACCCGCAGAAUCUCGUCAGGGCGAUAGGGGGUCCCCUUCGGCUUCGGCAGGGCCUGAAAACCAGGGGGGCGCUGCACCCCACACCCACGCAAGGCAGGCGGCCUCCGGACUGCGAGAUAGCCGCAGCAACAGCGGAUCGAUGCCCCCCGCCGUCGCGGAUGCCCUGUUGACGCGAGUGAAUGGAGCCCUGUCGGUGGGCGCGGGUCUCGUCUGCGUCACACAGGAAGACAACCAAGAAGAGACUGCGGGCGACGACGAAGGCUUUCAGCUGGUCAAGAGCAAACGCAGAGAGCAGCAGGAGAAACGAAAGAAAGCUGAACACCAACAGCGAGGCUCAGAUCGAGGCGCGGCAGCCAAGGCCACACCUUUCAGUUCUCCCGCCGCUCCGGGUUCCGCGCGGUCGAAUUCGCGCCGGGAAAAGGGACAGUCGGGCACCGCGGCUGGGGGCGACGCCUUGGGGCCGGCGUCGGGGACCCCAGGGGAGGCACGUGUGCCGGGUUCGACAGCCUCGAAGAGCGAGGGUCCUGUUUCCUCGCCCCGCGACCAAGGCACCGGGGCGGAAAGGACUGAACCGGACGACAGCGGCGCGUCCGGCCGAGGCCCAAGACACGAGGGCGGCGGACGAAGGCCGUCUGCGUCUCCGCGCGGAGGAGGGCGAGGGGGGGCGCAGCAGAGAGGCGAGGGGCGCAAAGAGUUCCCCGGCAAAGGCCUGCGAACGGAGGUUGCCUUGACUGCCUCGUCGACGAUGGAAGUCUCCACUGUCUCCUCGGAGGUGACGUCGAGCGUCGCGGACCACCGGACUCGACAGCGUGGCCAAGAGGAGAAGAAAACAGAAGAUGGCGAGGCGGAGAAAAAGGAACUGACCUCGGCGUCGGGCCUCCUCCCUCUCCCUGGUGGGGGGUCACAAGGUGGCGGCCGUGGCCAACACGGUCGCGGAAGUGGGAAGGGGUGUCAAGACUCCGGCGACGCGCAUGCGUACCCUGGGGAAGGUAGAGCAAGCGAGAAGAGCGACCGCGGCGAGGGCUCGGGCUUCUCCAGAGGCGCAGGAGCCGGGAGCAGCCGCGAAGACGGGGCCCACGGCACCGGCGAGAAAGGAAGAGAGCGACGAGGUUCGUCGGGGAGAGGCGCUGACCGGCGCGUCGGCGGGCACAUGGAGGAGAAGCGGCGUCCAGAAAGCCCCGCCGAGGUGGAAGGCGGGAGCCAACGCCAGGCGCACAGCGCCCCGACGAAUGUAGGAGAUCCGUGGUAUGCGUCUCAGGAUCUCGACGCCGCGAACGCCAUGUCCCAUAGGUUGUCAUCCGACCCGUCGCAGUCGGCCGUUUCGGAUCCACAGGGUACGGACCUCAUGAUACCCUCGGGCCCCACGGGCCACCAGGGGAACGCUGGAGCCCAGGGAGCCGACCGCGAGCGAGCGGGCGCGUCCCCUUCGGCGGGGGCGGCACCUGCCCCUCCAACCUACUCCCUCUGGUCAUCGAAUUUCAACCAGCCAGCGACGGCCUCUUCGCGUGUCGCCCCAGAGACCAUCGCCGCUAUCUGGGCCCGUGACCCGGGUUCCGGCCCGACCGCGGUCGGAGGCGCCCCCAGAGGAGCCCGGCUCCCCGCCGGCCCAGGUGGGGCUCCGGCAGACAUGGCGGGACUCGCUUCACACCACCCGAUGACCCCAGUUGGCAUGCCGCUGUCGCCGCACCACCAGGGUGCCCCCGGGGCUCCGUUCCAUGCAGGCGGGGGCCAACAGUCCCCUGGGCCUUUGGGGCCCUUGCACUUCCAGUGCCCGCCGAUCCACUCAUCGCUGCAGGGCAGCCGGGGGAGUGGCGGGCCUGGGUCUCCUGACGCCUCCGGCUCGCUCUGCGCCUCACAGCCCCAGCUCUUAGGUCACGGAGCUUCCUCGCACCGCGUUCCUCCCUCGCAUCUUCUCCACGCUUCGCAGCAUCUCAUGCACACUCCAGGCGCGGCAGCAGCGACGCUGUUCCAGCCAGGGUGCUACGGAGCACCUGGUGGGGGCCAAUUACCCCCGGGGGCGCCUCGGAUGCCUGCGCAGCGGAACGUGACGUCGCCGCUGACGGGAGGGCCCCAGUCGCUGUCGAAGAACGAGAUGCUGGCGCCUCCUCUCCUCCCGGGGCGAACUGCGCCGGGGCUCGUGACUUUGGCUCCGGGCCAGGGAAGUGCGUCGCCUGGGGCUGCAAGCAGCUCGCCGAGACUCGACUUGUACGACCCGCGGAACCCUCUGUCCGGUCCCUCGUUCUCGCCGGUCCCCGGAGUGUCUGCCCCAGGAGCUCACCCCGGCGUCGUCGCGGGAGCACACUCGUCUUCCUACGUGGUGCCUGAGGCUGGGCACCAACUCCUCCCAGGCUUCGCGCACCCGCAGGGCGCGGCCUUCUCGCCCUCGCUGAGCCACGACGGUGCCCCCUCGCCUGCCCCUGGGGCUCCAGGCAGCGGCCGGGCAGCGGGCCAGGCGCUCUGGGUGCCGGGGGGGCCAGCGCCUCAGGGCUCCGCCUUCGUCCCGUCCGCCCCCGGGCACCACCAGCAGGGUCGGGGACACAGCAUCGGCCGAGGCAACGACAUGCUCGCGCCCCAGGGUUUCGGCUCCUUCAUCGCUGCCCAAGGCGGUCGGAAUGGCGCCCAGCGCUUCGGUGCCAUGGGCGCCGGCCAGCCUGGCGCUGGAGCCCCGGGAGGCGGCGAGUUCUACAUGUGA